AUGUGCAAAUCGUGGAAGUGUAUUCUUAUUUGGGUACUAGUUUUAGUCAUAUCACCGUCUAGAGCUUCAAUUCCUCGUCCAUCAUGUGCAGAUAAUGAUUUUAUUUGUGAUGACGGACAAUGUUUAAAUAAGGAUUGGGAAUGUGAUGGAUCUGAAGAUUGCCAAGAUGCCUCAGAUGAAGUGAACUGUUUUGUAAACUCAAGUGCAGACAUUAUAAACUGUCCAGAUACUGACAAUAUAUUUGUAUGCGAUGAUGGAAGAACAUGUAUCAAAAGUGACAAUGUAUGUGAUGGUGUAAAAGACUGUUUAGAUGGCAUAGACGAACAAUGUGCAAUAAAUACCUCUGCAUCAGGAAUGACAACCACCAUCAUUAUAUUAUCAGUUAUUGUUUUGUUUCUUGGCGGCUCCCUCUUUGCAAUGUUGGUGUACACUCAGCAAAGACAUAAUGUUAGUAUUCAAAGAAGACAUCACAGAGGUCAUAGAAGGUCAAGAGAAAUUGAAUUUGUCAGCAGUCCAGAUAUGUUCAAUGUAACAAACAAUGAAGAAAGUCUGACAGUGCUGUGACUGGCGAUGAAGAAAGUCUGACAGUGCUGUAACUGGCAAUGGGAUUUUUAACAUACAAUUUAUUAUCAGCAAUGCUUGGCUCUGACCAUGGGGUAGGCAAGACAGCCAAAUUUGCAUGGUCAAGCGU